AUGGCGAGCGGCGGCAAGCUGUCGUCGUCGGACGCGGCGUACCAGCUGCUGCUGAAAUGCGCCAAACACGGACGAGGCAGAGCUGUGGCGCUCGCGGGCUUGGCGGCGCAGAGGGAGCGGCAGCAGGCACAGGAGCAAAUGGAGGAGCGGAAGAGACGGCAGGAGAAGGAACGGAAGGAGCGGGAGAGAGACGAGCGGAAAGCGAGAGAAGGAGGAGGGUCAGCGCCUCCCAGCAGCUUGUCAAAAGGGCAGUUGAAAGGGGACGCGGAUUUAAGGCUGAAGCGGCCGAUAUCGCGCCAGUUGUUCUGCGACCUCCUUCAAGUUGGCGAUGGUGAGUGGCGCGCCAUUCGCGACAGCUGUAACCUUCCCGCCCGCAUGCUUCUCUCGCUAUCAUGCUCCGUAUUCCGUUUCCUUGUGCUUUUCCCUCCUUCCUCUCUUGAUGUUUCAACCCUUGCAUGGGUCACAGUGCAGCACUCGAGCGGCACGCGCAUCAUCAUCAUCAUCGUCGCAACGCCGCUCAUGUGCUCCACCGCUCCUGCAUUCGCCGUCACUGGUCACGCAGGCAGACUCCAUGAAUGUGCUCCGCCGCAACCGCAGCAGGGGAAGCGCCGGCUGCAGAUGGAUGCUGACGUGGACAGCAGGAGUGACGAGAGGGGCGCGAAGGUGCAGCGAAGCUACGUGCUGCAGCAGGUGGGGCAGCAACGCGGGCAGGCAGGGCGGACGCGAGGCGAGGAGGCGGCGGGUGGACAGAGUGGGACACGCGAGCAGGGUGGGGCGAGUCCGGAAACGGGCAAGGGGAGCAAGCAGGCGGGGAUGGGGCAUGGUGAGGCGUGGGCGUGUGAGCAUGACGCAGGGAAGUCGCACGGCGGAGGGGUGGGGGGAAACGAGUGCGUGACGGAAGUAGGGGAAGCACACACCUUUUUUCUUUCUUCCCCCCUCUUCCAGGACGAGACAGUGCAAGGCAGGGCGUGCACCCACUGUCACCGCUCUGCACCGUGCCGCAUCUCCCGAGUCUUCCUGCGCCUGCCUCGCAUCCUCAUCCUCCACCUAAACCGAUUUCAAACCACCUUCCACCCCACUCCAUGCCUUGAGAAACCCACUUUGUGCCACGAGGAGGCUACUGCCUCCCGUGGAAACCCCCAAGGCAGCAGCACCAUGGCACGGCCUCCAUCGGGCCAACCACCUGCCGCUGCGUCCCCUCCGAUGGCUCAGCACACGCGCCCCCUCGCAUCCCGCCCUCCUCUUGACCCUUCCCCUCCAUGCCCCGAAGAGAACCCAUCUUCCAUGCCAACAGCAACAGCUCCGCCCUCUGCUCCGACUGGAAAGGCGCCUCAUGCUACAACCCACCCUGCCUCCUCUCGCCUCCCCCCUUCUCCUCUUCUGCUUGCUGCUGGGGCUCCGUCGCUCAACCCCUUCUCCCUGGCGAAGGCUGCAGGCAGGCCCAUGGUGUUGAAGGCGGUGUGUGGACCUAAGGGGUUGGUGUGUGGACCUAAGGGGUUGGUGUGUGGACUCAAGGGUGGCGGCCGGCUGAUCACACGUGUGAGUACGGUGGGUGGAGAUGCGGAGGGAAUGGAAAAUGCAGGGAGAGUGGAGGGGCAGGUGGUUGGGAAAAUUAAGUUGCCAAAGGAGAAUGAAGAGGAGGAGGAGGAUUGGGCGGAGCUGCUGAAAGGGGCGGCUGGUGUGAUUGAGGAGGGUGCAGGCGAUGGUGGUGAUGACAGCCCUGUGAGCGUGAUGGUGGAUGGUGGCAGCAGCAGAGUGGGUGGUGGUGGUGGCGUGGAGGGAAUGCAGGCGAGCAGGGGGCGGUAUGAGUGCAGGGGGCGGUAUGAGUGCAGGAAGAACAUGGAUCAGGUGGAGAUUGCCACCUCACUUGACGUCGGUCCCUUUUGUCCAGCAGCGAUGCAGGAAGCUGUCUAUCAAGGCGCAGAGAACCCCGAGUACGACCCGCUGGGGGACACCUUGCUCACGCCGGCCGGCUUCGACGCGUUCUUCCGCGGCUGCACGCAGCUGGAACACCUCUCGCUGGGCUGCCUGCACUGCGAUUUCGGGUUACCACCUUCGCUCUUCCAGCUCGCGCAUCUCCGAUCCCUGGCGCUGGCCGAUCUGUCAGCGGUAACGACGCCAGAAGUGAAGAGCUUGAGCGCGCUCGCGGCGCUCGCCAUCGACACGGCGGUGUGGGAUUUCGAUGACCUAGAGCCCCUCGCGCACCUGCCGAGCCUCACGUCCCUCUCCGUGCGGCACGAAGUCUCGCUUUUAUCAAGCAACGUUCGCCCUCGACCGUUCUCCUUCGCGCGCCUAUCAUCGCUCAGGUCGCUGGAUCUCGGGUCCAGCCCCUCUCUACCGCUCGACGUGAUGUUUCCGUCAGGUUCCCCGUGCAGCGUGCUCGAGCGCGUGUCGCUAUACCAGUGCGACGAGCUUCAGAAUCUCCCCCACGACAUCGCCGAGCGCCUGCCACGCCUGCGCGAGCUGAGCAUCAGCGCGUGCGACACUUUGCUGGAGCAGCCCGAGGCGGUCACGUUGCUCACCGGGCUGCGCUCCUUGAAGCUCGCCAGGUGCCCAUUCGUGGGCCUGCCAGACUACAUGGGAGAGUUGCCUGCGCUGGCAACGCUCGUGCUGCACAAGCUGAACGUCUACUUCCCCGGGUCGUGCAGCCAGCUGCAGUCCCUUGACACGCUCGUGGUCACGGACUGCGAGCACCUGGACGACCUACCAGAGCCGCUCGCCGCCCUCACUGCGCUCAAGACCCUGUGCCUCGCGGGUUCACCCUUCGUGGUUCUCCCUGACGACAUCGGAGGUCUCACCAACCUGCACACGCUCUUCCUGAAAUCGUACAGCGCACGGGAAACCCUUUCUUCCUCCUUCACGCAGCUGGCGUCGCUCGCACGCCUGGAGCUGCACGAGUGCGAGCUGGCGGAGCUGCCAGACGCGAUAGGCGAGUUGAGGCGCCUGUGCGAGCUGUACGUGCUGUCGUGCCCGCAAAUCCAGACGCUCCCAGAGUCCGUGGCAGCGCUGCUGAACCUGCAGGUGCUCGUGGUGGACAAGUGCGGCAACCUCUUCUCCGUGCCCAAGAGUCUGAUCAAUCUCACAAGGCUGAAGCAGCUGGAGCUCACCGAAUGUGGCAGGCUGAGGCGAGCACCUGAGUUCUUGCCGGGCCUAUCUGCAUUGGAGCACUUGCAUGUGGUGUUGGCGUGCGAGGAGGAGUUCCCAUUCCCAUCACCGCACGUGCCGUGCCUGCGCACGCGCACACUCAUCACCACCGGGCGCACACUCAUCACCACCGGGGUCAUAAAGCUUCCACACUUCUCCGCCUCGAGUUUCCAGGAGCUGCGUGAGAUGAAACUGUUCGUGCCUGAGUUGUCAGAAGUCCCAGCCACCAUCGCAGCGCUCCACAGGCUCACCUACCUGGAGAUCCACGCUCCCAAGCUGCCUUCGCUGCCCGAUUCCAUCGGGACACUGUCCAGAUUAGGCAAGCUGAUCCUCUGCGGCUGCAAUGCGCUCCAGCACCUCCCUGCGUCCCUCACGCGGCUGGCCUGCCUGCGAGAGCUGUGUGUGAACAAUGCCGCCAUCACAUGCCUGCCCGCCAACUUGUCUCGCCUCACGCGCCUGCAGAAGCUCGACCUGGAGGGGUGCCAGCAGCUGGAGGCGCUGCCAGACGACGUGGGCGAGCUGAAGCUGCUGGACUGCUUGGUCUCUCAAGGCUGUGACAAGAUGCACGACAGUGAAGGCAAGAUUCGUCUCUCUGGGGGAGGUACUUCGUCCCGCUGGAUGUACUAG